GGGACAGCGCGGGGGGACAGCGCCGGGGAAAGGUCGGGGGUGACGGUGCGGUGCCCGCGUGGUUCCCGGUGUGCUCACUGUGCCCCGCGUGUGCUGCGGGAGGGCCCCGCACACGGCGCUUGGUGCCCCGGGCGUGGCAGCCGCGGGUGCCCCGCUCGGGGCAGGUGCGGCGGGAGCGCCCGCGGGCGCCGCCGCUGAGCGGAGCCCCCCGGGCCGGGCAGGUGCGCGGGGCACCGCAGGGUGUGCGUGGUUGGUGAGGGGCCCGCGGGGCCAGGAUGCUGCCGGGGGUCCCGUGGCCGUCCGUGAGUGGAGUUGGCCGCAGUGCGAGGGAGCGCCGGGCUGUUCUCGGGCGAGGGGUCCUGCGGCACCCAGAGCGGAGCUUGCUCUCCGUCCUCACUCCCGGGCCUGCCUGUGGCCGGGAGCGGAGUCCCCUUCCCGGGGUGCCCUCGGCCCCCUCCUGCCUGGUCCUGCCCGCGGAGCUGUUGCAGGGAGGUGCUCCCUGUCAGGAAGGCAGGGAGGUGCCUUCGGAGCCGGAUCCAGCUCCUGCAGCUGGUGGCGGUUCAAGUGGAUAGGCAGCGUGCCAGGGUGGCUUUGGGUUACACGGAGAGAGCUGCUUCAGUGAAGGAAGCAGGGGAUGCUGGCGCCGAGUUUCUGUCUGUGCUUGGCCGUCCGUCUCUGUCCAUCCUUGGGAGAGCGACUGUGCCCCGACUCGGCCCCAGCGGCAUCACUGCAGAGCCCAGAGUGCUGUGAUGGGAGCCUCGGGACAGCACGGCUCCUGGGAGCUGCCCAUGGGAACAGCCACACUUCGGGGCUGGGGCCGGCCAGAACGACUGCUGGGGCAGCUGGGGCUGGGACCAGUGGGAGGGUGGCAGCUCCCAGGCAUCCAGUGCUCCCAGUUCUGCCCGUGGAGGUUUACGGGGAGCAGGCCAGGCAGCCUGGCCUUUGCCCGAGUGCCCUGGCACCAAAACACUUGCAGAGGGGAUGGAAAAAACCCCAGAGCAUCAGGGAGGAAGGAAGUGGAGAGCCCUGACAGCUGGGGGGCUCGGCAGUCUCAGUUUCCCCCGGGCAGGUGGCCUCACUGCAGGAGCCCCGUGUCUGCCAGCCUGGCAUGUCCCCAGCCGGCAGCAAUCCCGCCUGCGUGGCCACAGGGGCUGGAGGAGCCAUGGUGGGGAGCAGUCCCCUUCCCUGCCUGGCCCGCCGUGUCCUCUGGGCAAUGCCAGAGCAGGGAAACUCACUCUGACCCCGCCUGAAAAUUAAGCAAAAAGAAGUGCAAAUAAAAAAGAACUGGGCUGGAGGUUGGUGUGAGGUGCAUUGUGAGGGAGGUCGUGUGUGCUCCUGUGCUUUGUUGCAGCUGAAGGAAUCUCCUGGCCCUGCCGUGCCACAGCCAGACCUGUACUGUCAGGUUCUGCUCUGUAAAUGGUCUCAGACUCACAUAAAGCACUGGCUGGGCCCUGCUCCUGGUCAGGCCCCCGGGACAGGCUCUGCCAGCUCGGGCUCCCAGAGCAGCGAGGGGGCUACUGAGGGGCUGGGCUCCAGGGGUGUCCUUGGGCCUCUCAUGCUGAUCUGCAGCCAGCCAGGGGCUCAGGUGCUGCUGCCAAAUCCCUGGCAUCAGGGACUGCCAGAGCCCUGUGGGUCCUGUGCUGUUUGCCCAUCCCUGUUUGCUGACAGGGUGAGGCUGGCGUAUGUGGCACUGGCUGAGCUGGCACUCGCUAUGCGGACACCAGACGUGGAAGCAGUAACUCCUCUUUCCCAGAGCCUCAAAGGUGGUGCUGUGACUGUCCCAGAAACGCUGCUCUUCAUCUCCACGCUGGAUGGGAACCUCCACGCUGUCAGCAAGAGCACGGGGGAUGUCAAGUGGACCCUGAAGGAUGAUCCCAUUCUGCAGGUGCCGGUGUAUGUGGCAGAGCCAGCAUUCCUUCCAGACCCCAAUGAUGGCAGCCUGUAUAUCCUGGGAGGAAAGAACAAAGAAGGCUUGAUGAAGCUGCCGUUCACCAUCCCGGAGCUGGUGCAGUCCUCGCCGUGCCGCAGCUCGGACGGAGUGCUCUACACCGGGAAGAAGCAGGACUCGUGGUUCAUUGUGGACCCCAAGUCAGGGGAGAAGCAGACCACUCUCUCAACAGAGGCCUGGGAUGGUCUGUGCCCAUCCAGCCCCUUGCUGUACAUUGGACGGACCCAGUAUGUCAUCACCAUGUAUGACACCAAGUCACGGGAGCUGCGCUGGAAUGCCACCUUCUCCGAGUACUCGGCCCCGCUCUGCGAGGAGUCCUACCACUACAAAAUGGCACACUUGGCCUCAAGCGGGGACGGGCUGGUGGUGACCCUGGACAAGGAGAGUGGGGAGGUCCUGUGGGCGCAGAACUACGGCUCACCUGUGGUCGGCAUCUACCUGUGGCACCAGGACAGCCUGCGCCGCCUCCCCCACCUCAACCUGGCCAUGGAGACCCUGCGCUACCUGACCUUCCAGUCACAGGACAUCCACGUCCUCAAGUGGAGCUACCAGUCCGUCAAGGACUUUGCCGCCACCAAGACCCAGCUGCUGCCGGCGCUCUACGUGGGCAAGCACGCGGCCAGUUUCUACGCCGUGACAUCGCUGGUGCACGGCGGCGUGGCGCUGGUGCCCCAGGGCAUCACACUGGCCAGGAUCGACGGCCCCACCACGGACGACGUGACCAUGAGGGAGUCCGGGGAGUGCGAGAUCAUGCCCAGCACCAACGUCAAGUACCCGCAGGGCAGCAUCACCUCACUUCACAACCAGUGGCUGCUCAUAGGGCACCAUGAGCUGCCUCCCGUGGUCCACACCACGAUGCUGCGAGCCUUCCCAGAGAACCUGAGGAAGACCACAGAAACCAUCAUCCCCAGGGCUCCUCCCACCAGGACCGUGUUCGACGAUUUCCUGGCCCCGAGCAGCCCGGAGGAGCCAGCUGUCCGCAGCGAGGGGCAGCUCCAGCCAGACCCCAUGCCCGGGGAGCAGGUGGAGGUGUAUCCUGAGUCUGGCACCUGGGACCUGCUGAUGGCUGGCGUCGGCACAGCUCUGCUGGGCGGGGGAAUCCUGGUCCUGCUGCUCGUAAAGCUGCAGCGGCAGCAUGUGGCACAGCAGCAGCAGCUGGAGGAGCAGAUACAGCUCCUGCAGCAGCAGCAGGAGAUGCUGCGCCCCGGCCGAGCCUCCAGGGAGGGCAUCCCUGAGGAGCCCAGGGAGCUGGAGCUGAGCCAGGGAAGUGCAUCCGAGCUCUCGCAGAGCUCCAGCCCCUCAGCCUGCCUGAAGGACCCAGCUAAUGGCACGGUCAGCCCAGAGCCAGCCGCCCCAGUGGCUGCUGAAGAGGCAGAAUCAGACCUGGUUGUGGUUGGGAAAGUUUCUUUUAACCCCAAAGAUGUGCUGGGCCAUGGAGCUGGAGGAACCUUUGUCUUCAGGGGGCACUUUGAGGGCCGCAGCGUGGCCGUGAAGCGUCUCCUGCCGGAGUGUGUGCACCUGCUGGAGCGGGAGGUGCAGCUGCUGCGCGAGUCGGACGAGCACCCGCACGUUGUGCGCUACUUCUGCACGGAGAGGGACCGGCAGUUCCACUACAUCGCCAUCGAGCUGUGCUCCGCCACGCUGCAGGAGUACGUGGAGAGCCCCGGCUUUGACCGCCGCGGGCUGGACGCGGUGUCCGUGCUGCGUCAGACCAUGUCCGGGCUGGCACACCUGCACUCCCUCAGCAUCGUGCACCGUGACCUGAAGCCCUGUAACAUCCUCAUCUCUGCCCCCAAUCGCCACGGGCAGAUCCGCGCCGUCAUCUCCGACUUUGGCCUGUGCAAGAAACUUCAGGGGGGACGACAGAGCUUCAGCCUCCGCUCCGGGAUCCCCGGCACUGAGGGCUGGAUCGCGCCCGAGGUGCUGCAGGAGGCCCCCAAGGAGAACCCAACCAGUGCUGUGGACAUCUUCUCAGCCGGGUGUGUCUUCUACUACGUGGUGUCGGGGGGACAGCACCCCUUUGGGGACAGCCUGCGGCGCCAGGCCAACAUCCUGGCGGGCUGCUACCAGCUGAGCUGCCUGCAGGAGGAGGCUCACGACAAACUCGUUGCGAGGGAGCUGAUUGUGGCAAUGAUCAGCUCCGAGCCCCAGCGACGGCCCUCAGCCCCUGUGGUCCUUGUGCAUCCCUUUUUCUGGAGUCAGGAGAAGCAGCUGCAAUUCUUCCAGGACGUCAGUGACCGUGUGGAGAAGGAGCCAGCGGAGGGGCCCAUCGUCUCAGCCCUGGAAUCGGGGGCACGGGCGGUGGUGAGGACCAACUGGAGGAUGCACAUCUCCCUGCCACUGCAGAUGGACCUGAGGAAGUUCCGCACCUACAAGGGGGGCUCAGUGCGUGACCUGCUGCGGGCCAUGAGGAACAAGAAGCACCACUACCACGAGCUGCCGGCGGACGUGCGGGCGGCCCUGGGCGCUGUCCCCGAGGGCUUUGUGCAGUACUUCACCUCGCGCUUCCCGCGGCUGCUGCUGCACACGCACGGCGCCAUGCGGGCCUGUGCCCACGAGCGCACCUUCCAACCCUACUACUGCCAGGCCCUGCGGGGCGGCGGCGCCUGAGCGGGCACGGGCCGUGCCCGGGGCACCACGGCCGCUGUCCCCUGCCCAGGCCCUCCCCGAGUCCUUCUGCCAGGGCCGGGCGGGGCUCAGCAGGCACCGGGGACACCGUGCUGCUCCCUGAGGGACCCUCUGGCAAACACUCACAGUCAGGCUCAAGUGUGAAGGCAUUUGGGUCGGAAAACAAAGAUAUCUCGGGUGGAUACAGUGCUUGGACAAGAAAGAGGAAAAGGUGUUUUCCUAGGGACAGCCACAGCGAGGCCCUGGCACAGCGAUGCCCUCAAGCUGGCAUCAGUCCCAGGGGACAUUCACCAGGGACAGGGAGCUUUGUCCCGUGUGUCCUCUCCUGUGCCAGGGGACGCAGCUCGUUGAGCUGUGAGCAGGGCCAGGCCCCUGGUGUUGGCACUGGAGCUGAGCCCUCAGCUGUGCUCGGCCACCCUGGGCUGGGCGCUGGCCCUGGCAGCCGGGCUGUGAGGGCACAGCCCCCACAGCGAAGAUGUGAAUCUCAGCUGGGCUCUAACAAGGGUUCCUCCCUGAGGGUCCCCAGCAGCCUGUCCCUCUGCCAGGCCUGAGCCCCUGAGCAGAUGGCACAGCAGCCCAGGAAGGGCUGGCUCUGGGCACAAAGGAGGGAAUUCCUUGCCCCUGGGAUCCUUCCCUCAACACAGGCGUAAUGCCUGCAGCUCCCCCAGCCUCUCCUGCUGCCCAGGGCUGGUGUCCUGUGGGUGCUGUGGUCCAUGGCAUCCCCAUGGCCAUGUGUUCCCUGCGAGCCAGCCUCCAACACCAGCUGAGCCCAUGGGCACAGAGAGCCCCAGAGCAAAGCUCCUCUGUGGAGCAGCAAUAAUUUUGUACAGUCUGAUCCCUGUGUGUGCUGGGGUGUGGGAUUUUGUUACACAGGUAACAGGGUUUGUACCAGGUUUCUUUACAGAAUAUAUUUAUACAAAAAGCUAUAAAAAUUAAAAAAAAAAAAUAAAAAGCUUGUCCUGCUUAAAAACAAACUGGCCUGAGAGCAGCUCUAGCUGCUGGCAGGGAGCAGUGGUGGGAGUACACACAGGUCACUGGGCUCCUGCAAGACAAGCCCUGAGAGGACUUGUGCUGAUUCUUUAGCCAUAAUUAGUCACAGAGCCAAGGAAGAGGCAAGCCCAGCCCAGGGCUGUGAGUAAGGGAAGGCGAUGCCUCAUUCAGAAGGGAAGCCAGAGAGGUGCUGCCCCCUCUCUCAGCAAGGCAAAGGGAAGUGAAACAGCGUGCAUGCUGUGUAGAACAAUUUUUAUUCAAGUUAUGCAAUAUACAAAAUUUGAGGUUUCAUGGAGUUUCAGUAUUAAAAGGCCGAUUGCUCAGUCUCA